AUGAAGCCUCAUGAUAAUUAUCCAUUUAUAAAUAAGUAUAAUACAUAUGGAUUUAUUCUCAUAUCUAUUUUUAUAUUAUCAAAUCUAUACGUAAAAUAUACAAAUGGAGCAGCGACGUGCAUACCAUCGCCGAACUGCACAGAAUGCACUUGUAUGGGAAUUCCGGGGCCAAAGGGUGAUGUUGGAGCUCGUGGACAUGUUGGUAGACCAGGUCCUGUUGGACAACGUGGAUUGCCUGGUCCACCUGGUCUAGAAGGUGAACGGGGUAUACCUGGUAUACCAGGUGAUCCUGGACCCAAAGGAAUUAUGGGUGAUAAAGGUGUUUUGGGUGUACCGGGUGUUGAUGGUCUUAAAGGUGCAAUUGGUAUUAAAGGUCCAAAAGGUUUCCCAGGUGAAGAAGGCUGUUGUGGUGCUAAAGGGCCUAAAGGUUUGAAAGGUGCUCAGGGUAGUUAUGGAUUCGAUGGACUUGCUGGUGAAAGAGGUUUAAAAGGUCCAAAGGGUGAUAAAGGGGAACCAGCUGUUGUUGAAGGCAUCGAUGGUAUUGGAGAAAUGGGACCUAAAGGUGAGAAAGGUGAACUUGGUCCAAAAGGUAUUCGUGGCCGAGAUGGAGCUAAAGGACAACCUGGUAUAGCUGGUCCAAAAGGUUAUCAAGGAAUAAAAGGAGAUCAUGGUGAACCAGGCUUAAAGGGUGAAAAAGGGGAUACUCCUUCACCAAUUUCUCUACCAUAUGCAGAGCCGGGUGAGAAAGGAUUCAAAGGUGAAAAAGGGAUAUCUUAUGAUGAAUCAGCUUUAAUCAAAGGACAGAGAAUUGGGGUUAAGGGUUUAAAAGGGCUUCCUGGUCCACGCGGUGAUCCAGGUGAUGAAGGUCCUCCAGGUCCACGAGGCAGUCCAGGAAUAAAUGGCGUGCCUGGAACUCCAGGUCCUGUAGGUGAUGAAGGUGCAAUGGGGAAAUUUGGAAAACCUGGUGCACCUGGUAUACCUGGACCACCUGGAAGAUUAGGCCAAGAUGGCCUACCUGGACCUCCUGGACCAGCUGGUUUUCCUGGACCUAAAGGCGACAAAGGAUAUCCAGGGACUCAGGGACCUAAAGGUGAAAAGGGUGUAAAAGGUGAAACAACUGAUGUGGACGCAAUGCCUGGACCAGAUGGAGAUAUUGGUGAACCAGGAGUAAAAGGUGAUCGUGGUGAUCCAGGCCCUUAUGGACCAAGAGGUUUACCCGGUGGACGUGGACCACGAGGAGACCCUGGACCUAAGGGUGAUCCAGGUCCUGGAUAUGCACAAGUUAUUAUAGGUGAACCAGGAAGGAAAGGGGAAAAGGGUCUCCCAGGAUUAGAUGGAAAACGUGGAAAGACGGGACGACCUGGAAUUCCUGGAAUGAAAGGCGAAAAAGGUUUCCCUGGUCGAGAGGUAUAUGGAAGGAAAGGCGAAAAGGGUUCACGUGGAUUUCCAGGACCCAUUGGACCACCUGGUGAUCGGGGAGCUACAGGUCUACCAGGUCCUAUUGGUGACCAAGGGGAAAUAGGCCCUAGUAUUGACGGUCCUCCCGGGCCUAAAGGAGUUAAAGGUCAACCUGGUUUACCAGGUAUACGUGGACGUGAGGGUGAUCCUGGUCCUGUUGGAGAAAAAGGGGACUGCAUUGUGUGUCCAGAUGGAAGACCUGGUUUACAAGGGCCAAAAGGUUUUCGAGGUCAACCUGGAGUCCCUGGUGAACCAGGCUUGGAUGGCUCUCCAGGACAAAAGGGAUUACCUGGAGCCCAGGGACGAGAUGGUCUUGUUGGGGUGCCUGGUCAAAAGGGUGAGAAAGGUGAACGUGGAAAUGAUGGUUCACGUGGACCCAAAGGCGAACCGGGUCCUGUUGAAAUAGUAAAUGUCACUGUACCAGAAGCUCCACGUGGUGAUGUUGGUCGUCCUGGUCGUGCUGGAGUAGUCGGUGAACAAGGUCCGAAAGGUUUUCCUGGUCCUAAAGGCUUGCCUGGGCCAGAAGGUCCUAAGGGCGAUGGUGGACUACCAGGGUUACCAGGAUUUAGUGGAACAGUAGGAAAGCCUGGAAGACGUGGUGAACCAGGUCGUGAUGGAAUUGUAUUCGAUGCACAAAAAGGAGCUCCGGGUAUUCCUGGCAGAGAUGGCAUUAAGGGUGAGAAAGGAGAAAAAGGAGACAGAGGAAUGGAUAAUAUUGUUGAUCAACUAUUCGAGUAUGUUAAAGGUGAAACCGGUCCAAAAGGAUACCCAGGGGAUAAAGGAUUAUCAGGAUUCCCAGGAGAAAAAGGCAGAGAAGGUGAGAAAGGAAUUGCUGGAAUACCUGGAAAACAGGGGAAACCAGGUUUUCCUGGUCUACCAGGAGCUGCAGGUGAACGGGGCGACAAAGGUUUAAUGGGUCCCAAAGGACCGAGAGGUAUUCCAGGUCCACCAGGAGAACCAGGAAGAAAGGGAAUAAAAGGUCUGGUUGGGCCAAAAGGUCUUCCUGGAACUGCUGGUGAUAUAGGUGAACGAGGUCCAUCUGGUCUACCCGGUUCCUCAGCGAUCGGAGAAAAAGGUGAGGAAGGUGCACCAGGAUUCCCUGGUUUUCCAGGCAGAAAAGGGGUUCCGGGUAUUAAAGGUGAAAAAGGAGACAGGGGAGUUGAUGGAUUACCAGGAUUGGAUGGUCCAAAAGGUGAAAUGGGUGAUCGAGGACCUAAGGGGGAAACUGGAGAGCCGGGUGAGGUCUAUCAAGGAAUGAAAGGGCCAAAGGGUAUAAAAGGUGAAACUGGUCUUCCUGGUGUCGAUGGCCCUAAAGGAGAUGCAGGAGAAGACAGAUUCCCUACAAUUGCAAUGAAAGGCCUUCCUGGUCCACCAGGACCUCGUGGACCUGAAGGGCCGAAAGGUUUACCUGGAAACACAGGGUUACCUGGAAAAGUUGGUCCUAGUGGACCUAGUGGAGCACCUGGGUCUCCUGGUGAAAAAGGUGAUGCUGGCCAACCUGGAACAUUUGGCCCCAAGGGGUUGCUUGGAGAACCUGGAGAUGAUGGUGUAGAAGGGCCGAGGGGUGAAACUGGUGAUGAGGGGCCAAGAGGUCUUCCUGGAUCACCAGGACCUAAAGGAUUACCUGGUUUAAUGGGUCCUAAAGGACUUCCAGGAGAACCAGGAGGGAGAGGAGUUGGAAUUAAAGGACAAAAAGGUUUACCAGGACUCAAAGGUAUAAAAGGUUUCCCAGGUGAACCAGGAGAUGAUGGAAUACCUGGAAAUAAAGGUCUUCCAGGUCUAGCCGGAGUAGCCGAAAAAGGUGAGAAAGGUGAAAAAGGAUUAAAAGGUGCUCAAGGACUACCAGGAAUAAAGGGUAAACCAGGUCAAAUGGGUCCAUUAGGAGAGACCGGUGACCCUGGUCCUACUGGCCCCAUUGGUGAAAAAGGCGAUCAUGGAGUGCCUGGUCCAGCUGGUCGUCCUGGUCGAAAUGGCAUAGUCGGUGAACCUGGCGAUUUAGGACCAAGAGGACUACCAGGGCUGCCUGGACCAUUGGGCGAUAAAGGUGAAAAGGGCUUACGUGGUACAACUGAUCGAUUAGCAGAUGUUGGGUCAAAAGGUGAAAAAGGUCAACCUGGUGUAGUAGGUCCACCUGGACCUAAAGGUUUACAAGGUCCAAAAGGUGAUCAGGGAGUUCAGGGGAUAUCUGGCAAAGAUGGACUACCCGGUCAACCAGGACCUAUGGGUCCGAAGGGAGAAAAAGGUGUACCCGGACCACCAGGACCAAGAGGAACUGAGGGGCAACCAGGUUUAAAAGGUCCUAAGGGAUUUGUCGGCCCUAAAGGAUUUCCGGGAUCAGUUGGUCCACCCGGAGAACGUGGUCCAACCGGAGACCGAGGUGAAUUGUCAAGAUCCCCAGUCGGACCAAAAGGUGAACGUGGUUUGCUUGGACCACCUGGGUCCGUGGGUCGCAAAGGUGAGCCCGGGGAACCCGGAAUGAGAGGAGCUCCAGGUGAAGUGGGUGAACCCGGUCCAGAUUUACUCGGAGCACCUGGGGAGAAAGGAAGUCCUGGGCCUACAGGUAGACCUGGGGUCCCCGGGAUGAGAGGACCUAAAGGAAUCAAAGGUGUUUCACCUCGAGAGCCUGGUGAACCUGGUCCAAGAGGCGCUGACGGACCCCCAGGUAUUAAAGGAGAACGUGGCCCUAAAGGGUUUGAUGGAUCAAUUGGUAGAAAAGGAUUACCAGGUUUAAAAGGUGAACAGGGUACUAAAGGAUUCCCAGGUCAAACAGGUAGACCAGGUGAAGUCGGCGAGAAAGGUGACAGAGGACCUACAGGACUUCCAGGGGAUAAAGGCAGUAAAGGAAUAAAGGGUGAAAUAGGCCGACUGGGAUUACAAGGUCCUAAAGGCGAUGCUGCGGUCUCUGUUUUGGGACUAAAAGGCGAAAAAGGGAUACGAGGAGAUGAUGGCUUUAUGGGUCCCAAAGGUUUACCAGGAAUCGAUGGAGUUCCUGGAGCUCCCGGCCCAAGAGGUGAACCUGGGGAUAUCGGAGAACCAUCAGCAGUAGGUCCAAAAGGUUACCCAGGUCCCCCGGGUGAGAAGGGCUAUAUGGGUCCAGAAGGACCAAAAGGUGAUGUUGGUCUAGUUGGAGAACAAGGAGCGCCAGGAGGCAUUGGAGACACACGUGGUAACACAGGACACUUAUUCACUGUUCAUAGUCAGACUACACGCAUCCCGUCAUGUCCAUCAUCAACUCGUAAAUUAUGGGAUGGUUAUUCAUUUCUAAGUAUGACUGGAUCGGAUCGUGCUCAUGUCAAUGAUCUGGCUAGUCCUGGUUCAUGUCUACAAUUAUUUAAUCCAAUACCGUUUAUGUUUUGCGAAAAACAAGAAAAUUGUUAUUAUGCUCAACGAAAUGAUCGAAGCUAUUGGCUAAGUACAGAAGAAGAACCAAUGAUGUGGAAUCCAGUUCCAGCAAAUGAAACUCAAAGACAUAUAAGUCGAUGUGCAGUUUGUGAAGCUCCUAGUAAACUUUAUGCUUUUCAUUCGCAAACAUUGGAGAUUCCUAGAUGUCCUGAUGGUUGGUCCACUUUAUGGCCUGGAAGUAGUUUCCUUAUGAAUACUGGUUAUGGAGCACAAGGUGGAGGACAACAAUUAGCAUCUCCAGGUAGUUGUUUACCACAAUUUCGAUCUCAUAUGUUUAUUGAAUGUACUGCAAAAGGUUUAUGUGGAUUUUUUGAAGAACAUAAAAAUUUCUGGUUACGUGUUAUGCCUAGUUCUAUGGAUGAACAUAUGUUUGGUAUGGUCAUGGGUACUGUCAUUAAAGUACGUAAUAGUCAAGAUUCAGUUAGUAAAUGUGUUGUAUGUAUGAGAACACAACCAUUGUCAACAUUAUUUUAUUUAAAUUAA